AGAAGAGUAGUGGGGAGAGCACACAUCCCUGGGGGGCACCAGUGCUGAUUGUACAGGUGCUGGAAUGUGUGUGUGUGUUUUAUUCCCAGGCACAGCUCAAGAUCGCUCUCAGUUCUGUGGUAUCGUCUUUGGCCCCUGUACCGCCGCCACCAUGAGCUUCAUCGCGGACGAUGUGGAGAUCGACCCGGUCACCCUUAACCUCAUCAUCCUCAUCGCCAGCUAUGUCAUCCUGCUCCUGGUGUUCCUCAUCUCCUGUAUCCUGUACGACUGUCAGGGCAAAGACCCCACGAAAGAGUACGCCCCCGACCCAGUGCCCAACAUCAAUUCUGCUCCCAUCCGGCUGGUGGUCAUGCAGAGCUCGCCCGCCAACGCCCGGUGGGACCAGAACAAGACGGUGACCACCUGCGAGCCACCCAGUGCUGAGAAAAAGAGUACUUUGGUUUGACAGGUGUAUAGGAAACGGACUGACAACAGCCAACAGAUGAACUUUGCACACAUUGUCUUUUCUAUCUAGUGUACAUACAAGCUACUGUAUAUUUCAUUAUGUAUUUGGUUAAAGUUUUAUUUUUUUAAAUUCAUCGUUUGAAUGUGGGACUAGAAAAUGUCAGGAUUGGAUUAUCAGAAGACCAAGUUAAAACGGUGAGUGGAAAUUCACAAAAUCAUAUUUUCUCCAAGACAACAAUGCUUAAAUGGGGAGCAAAUGGAGACUUUGCUGGAGUCUUUUGCUUCUCAGCUGUUUCUCCUGAGAAAAAGUCCCACACGUGUCUCGUCUACACACAAAAAAUGAAGUCAUUACCCUUACUUAAUUAUUUAAGUAAAUUACAUUUCAUGUCUUUCAUUCAGAUUAAGCCAAUUUUAUUGAGUCAACAUAAUUAAGUUGGAUUAGGUCAAAUCAAUGUACUAUAUUAGUUUUAAUUCAACUUCAUUAGGUUCA